UCCUGUGACCCUUUUACCCAUUUUUAUGGUGUUUUGGGUUCUUUUAGGACCUUUUUGAGGUUUCCCAACUUCAAUGUCCACUCACCCCCGUCCCCUCCUGGACAUCCCUCAGGUGAACAUCUCUAGAAGGUUCUCCAGCACCACCUGCCCCUUCUCACAACCCUUUUUAGUGGAGUUUUGGGUUCUUUUAGGACCUUUUUGAGGUUCCCUGACUUCAAUGUCCACUCACCCUCCUGGACAUCCCUUAGGUGGCACCUCCAGUGAACAUCUCUAGAAGGUUCUCCAGCACCACCUGUCCCCUCCCAUGACCAUUUUUAGUGGAGUUUUGGGUUCUUUUAGGACCUUUUUGAGGUUCCCCGAGUCCAGAGUCCACUCACCCCCAUCCCCUCCUGGACAUCCCUCAGGUGAACAUCUCUAGAAGGUUCUCCAGCACCUCCUGUCCCCUCUCACGACCCUUUUUUGAGGAGUUUUGGGUUCUUUUAGGACCUUUUUGAGGUUCCCCGAGUCCAGAGUCCACUCACCCCCGCCCCCUCCUGGACGUCCCUCAGGUGAACAUCUCUAGAAGGUUCUCCAGCACCACCUGCUCUGUUCCGUGACCCUUUUACCCAUUUUUUAUGGUGUUUUGGGGUCUUUUAGGACUUUUUUGAGGUUCCCUGAGUCCAGAGUCCACUCACCCCCAUCCCCUCCUGGACGUCCCUCAGGUGAACAUCUCUAGAAGGUUCUCCAGCACCACCUGCGCUGUUCUAUGACCCUUUAACCCAUUUUUAGUGGAGUUUUGGGUUCUUUUAGGACCUUUUUGAGGUUCCCCAACUACAAUGUCCACUCACCCCCGUCCCCUCCUGGACAUCCCUCAGGUGGCACCUCCAGUGAACAUCUCCAGAAGGUUCUCCAGCACCACCUGUCCCUUCUCAUGACCCUUUUACCCAUUUUUAUGGUGUUUUGGGUUCUUUUAGGACCUUUUUGAGGUUCCCCAACUACAAUGUCCACUCACCCCCGUCCCCUCCUGGAUGUCCCUCCAGAUGGGCACCUCCGGCCUGGCCUCGGCCGCCUCAGCGUCUCCCUGCGCUACUCCUACGGCUCCCAGCAGCUGCUGGUGCGCGUCCUCCGCGCCCGCGACCUCCCGGCCAAGGACUCCAACGGCUUCUCCGACCCCUACGUGAAGAUCUACCUGCUGCCCGACCGCAAGAAGAAGUUCCAGACCAAGGUCCUGCGCCGGACGCUGAACCCCGAGUGGGACGAGACCUUCAGCUUCGGGGUGCCCUUCGCCGAGCUGCCGGCGCGGCGGCUGCACUUCAGCGUCUACGACUUCGACCGAUUCUCCAGGCACGACCUGAUCGGGCAGGUGGUGCUGGACAAUCUGCUGGAGGCGGCCGAGGCCAGGCCGGAGGUGCCCAUCUGGAGGGACAUCCAGGAGGGGACGGGGGAGAAGGCGGAGCUGGGGGAGGUGAAUUUCUCUCUCUGUUACCUGCCCACGGCCGGGCGCCUGACGGUCACCGUCAUCCGCGCCUCCAACCUGCGCGCCAUGGACCUCACCGGCUACUCAG